GCGAAUCAAUGACUCGUGGCUAUUCGUAGUUAUUUCCUUUUAGGUGCACUGCAGACCGGCCCAAACGUCAAGUUGAUCGGAAACGUGGAGAAGCAGCUAAAGUUGUUUUGGGGGUGAAGAAAAUUCUUCCGUUCGCUUUGUGCUAGAUUCCCAAGAUGUCUUGCUGCAGAGUGAAAUAAUUUCGACUCGUUAUUUUGGCUACACUGUGAGCUUGUUCUGACUCGAGCUGCUGUCAACUGGUGUAGAGUAAAAAACUAGAGAGUUUAACCUCAGGGACACUGGCACAUAAAGCCGUGUUGGAGUGUUGUUAUUGUGCAGCAUGUCGGCUGAAGUGGUGAGUGAGUGUCGGCUAGGAGAAGGAGACCAAAACACCGUGGGGAAGUCUGAUCUAACGAGGAGUCCCGACGAGGAGCAGCAACGAGCUCCUAAAGUCCAGUCCAAACCCACAAAACAGGGGGAGAUGGACGCCAAACUGGGCGGAUUGAGCAAAAACAACACGAACCGUAAGGAAAACGACCAAAAUGAAGCGAGCAACAAUGCAGAAUUGGGUAAGAAGAGCGUGAGUGAGGCACCGCCGCCCAGAGUUAACCCCUGGACGAAGAACAACUCGUCGUGUCCUCCUAAUAACUCGACAAACAACACUCAACAAACGGAAUCCCAGAACUCUGCCAAAGUGGUACGUGCCAACAAGCCCAGAUCCAGGAAGUCUAGUAAGUCGAGUGACUUCAGUGACAUCACCAACUGGCCCACUCCUGGAGAAAUAGCCAAUAAGGAGGUUUGUAGAGACCUGUCGGAGAGAUCUUCAUCCAUUCCUCAGCAGCAGAACGCUCUGAACACACAGGGUCAGAAAGUCCCAUCCGGCCGAAGAGAGAGAAGGAGGGAUCGUGGAGGAGAGAAGAGAGAGAAGGAGAGCGGUAGUGAUGGGAGCGACAGUAAGGAGAACAGGGAGGCUCAGCAGGAGACUCCUCUAACCGAGCUGGAGAAGGAGGUGGGAAAAGACACUCAGAGCAGCGUCCCCUGCAGGAGAGCUUUCAGGAGGGAUUUCAAUGAUGAGACAUCAAGCGUUCGCAGCGAGGGUAGCAGUGUUCGUGGCGGCCUUCGAGGACGGGGCAAAAGUCGCGGCAGGGGCAGAGGUCGCGGGCGAGGGCGUUUUGACUACUCCCAUAGUUAUCGGGAAUCCUACAUCGAUGGUUCCCCCGUGCCUACAGAGUUCGGGACCAACAUGAUGUAUUUCUAUGACGACGGGAACAGAGUACAGAUGUACACCAUCGAGGAGAGUCUGCUCAAAGAGUACAUCAAGCGCCAGAUCGAGUACUACUUCAGCCUGCACAACCUGGAACGCGAUUUCUUCUUGAGGAGAAAGAUGGACACCAAGGGCUUCCUGCCCAUCUCUCUCAUUGCCGGCUUCCGCCGGAUCCAAGCUCUCACUACCGACGUCAGUCUCAUCAAGGAGGCAAUGAAAAACAGUGAAGUAGUGGAGCUGGUCGACGAGCAGAUUCGGAGAAAGGACGAUCCGGAGCGCUGGCCGAUCCCUGGGCUGCCUGCCAACUCCUCACACACAGACUUCAGCCAGCUCAUUCACUGUCCUGAGUUUAUCCCGGGACAAACCUUCACCUCACUCGCUGCAGGUUCAACUUCCCCGGGCAAUCAGACCACAGUCGAGCCUCCUGCUGCCACAAAUGGCCUAAUAAACGACAGCUCUGAUACUGACACCAAACCGCAGUCAGAUGAGUCGUUCGAGGUCGAGUCGAAAAGUGUGUCCAGCUCAGAUGAGAGGACCGUCGAGGGGCUGUCCAGCAGAACGCCUGAUCCGGAGAACCAGUGGGUUCAGGUGGAGAAACGGCACAGGAACACGUCAGGGAAAAACAAGGAACUCUCAACACCGGCUCAGACAAAUCCACAACCCGAAGCUGACCAGGAAGAACUCGACUUCCUGUUUGACGAAGAGAUCGAGCAACUUGUUGCACCUCGCAAGAACACCUUUACCGAUUGGUCAGACGAGGACUCGGACGGCGAGCUGGAUGACAGUGACGUGAACAAGAUCCUGAUCGUCACUCAGACGCCGCCGCACCUCCGCAAGCACCCGGGCGGCGACCGCACAGGAAACCACAUCUCCCGUGCCAAAAUCACCACCGAGCUCGCUAAGGCCAUUAACGACGGUCUCUACUACUAUGAGCAGGACCUGUGGACUGGGAACGAGAAUCAACUGGAUGCUAUCAAUGUUAAGGAGGUGGAGAACUUUAAGAAGCUCAACGUGAUCAGCCAGGAUGAGUUUGACACUUUGACCCCUAAAUUACCCCUUGACCCCAACCAGGAAGUGCCACCACCUCCCCCCAGCCAGGAUGAGCCCAGCCUGGCCCAUUCUCUGCCCACUAACGUCCCAGAAUCCCCUAGUGCUCCCCGGACCCCUCGUACCCCACGCACACCCGGUCGGCAAGAUCCUAACAAAACACCCCGCUUCUAUCCAGUCAUGAAGGACAGCGGAAGCAUUGACGGUCAGACUCCCAGGAAGAGGAAGACACGCCACAGCUCUAAUCCUCCACUGGAGAGUCAUGUAGGCUGGGUGAUGGACUCUCGUGAACACAGGCCGCGCACUAGCUCCAUUAGUAGUUCAAACGCUUCUCCAUCGGAUGGCGCUCCCCUGCAGUCAGCCAGUUAUGGCUGCACCCCUCAGUCUCUCCCCAAAUUCUGGCACCCAUCUCACGAGCUGCUCCAAGAGAACGGCUUCACCCAGCAGGUUUAUCACAAGUAUCGCCGAAGGUGUCUCAAUGAGAGGAAACGGUUGGGAGUGGGUCAAUCGCAGGAGAUGAACACACUCUUCAGGUUCUGGUCCUUCUUCCUCAGAGACAACUUCAACAGAAAUAUGUACGAAGAAUUCAAGCAGUAUGCCUUGGAGGAUGCCAAAGAAAAUUACAGGUACGGACUGGAAUGCCUGUUCCGCUUUUACAGUUACGGUUUGGAGAAGAGGUUCAGACCUGACAUCUUCAAGGACUUUCAGGAGGAAACUUUGCAUGACUAUGAGAAAGGUCAACUGUAUGGUCUUGAAAAGUUCUGGGCCUUCCUGAAGUACUCACGGAUUAAAGGCCAAGUGAUUGACCCCAAGCUGCAGGAGCACCUCCGCAAAUUUAAGCGCAUAGAUGACUUCAGAGUGGAGCCACCAAUGGGUGAGGAGCAGGGGGGCAGGAGACGGAGACACUCGUCCUCUGGAGGGGAUGAGGGCAGACGAAAACGUUACAACUCAACCUCGUCUUCAUCAUCAAAACAUGCCCCGCCCACCAAGGCUUCCAAUGAGCCUGCUGCUGAAGGGGAAGCCAAGACGGAUUCAACCAAUCGGUCAGCUGCUCCAGCAAACACUAAACCCCUUUCAGCUAGUCGUGGGUCUACAAAUGACAAAAUGACCUCAACUAAUCACCGGGCUGUUGCGGGGCUGGCCAAAUCAGCUUCAGCUAAUCAGCAAGCGACUGCCAAGAGCAACACAGUCAAUGACGCAACCUCAACUACAAAGAACGUGAAGAAGAACCCACAAUCUGAAAUGGCUAGCAAAACCAAAGAUGCACAUUCGCCAAACUAAAUGAAUCUUGAGAGAUCAAUAUUUUGAAUCUUUAAUGAAAAGGGCUAUUUUAAGGCCUAGACCGUAAAUCUCUACUACGAGUGAAUGAGCCAAACUGUUAAGUGAAGCUUGAGUGUUAAACCAUCAGGGCUUAACUGAUUUCACUAUGUAAUGUAUCAGUCCGAUUAUCGUAUUCGUCUAUUUAGCAGAAACAGCUUUUUGGCUCAUGGCUGGUUUUAACAGUUAUUCAGUUUUAAAUAGGCACAAUUGGUGGACUGAAAAUUAUUA